UAAAGAAUAAAAUGUUUUCAGGUGUCUCUGAAAAAGUUGAAGAUGAUCUUAAACAUGAGGAGGAGGAACCUUCAGAAACUGAGAAAUGAAGAAAUAUGUUUUUGUUUUUUGUUUUUUUUCUCAUUUUCUCAGUUUCAGAUUAAGAAUGGGAGUUCUAGGGCUCUGGAAUUUAUUAGAACCUGUUGGGAAACCAGUUCCAAUAGAGUCAUUAGAAAACAAAAUUUUGGCUGUGGAUAUCUCGAUCUGGUUAAACCAGGCUGUGAAAGGAUUUAGAGAUAGAACAGGGAAUGCAGUUCCACAUGGACAUUUGCUGGGUCUAUACCAUAGGGUGUGUAAGUUACUGUUCUACCGGAUAAAACCAGUUUUUGUGUUUGACGGUCAACCUCCACAGCUGAAGAGAGAUACCCUGAUCAGGCGACGAAUGCGCAAGUCCAAGGUUUCAAGAAAAGCUAAUGCAGCCAGCGCUAAGAUAUUGGAAAACUAUUUAAAAAGCCAGGCUAUAGCUCAGAAACUUAAAAGGCAGACAUAUGCAAUAGAGAAGGUUGCAAAAAAAGGAACAGAAGGAAUUCAUAAUAUUUUAAGUGAGACCCUUAAAACUGUGGAUAAGGAAGAUAAAUGUCAAAGUGAUUAA